AUGUGUGAAAGCGACGACGUCACGCCAAGUUGCUACGAACUGGACAAGGUCCUUAAUCGGGGGUGCGCGGCAUACGCGCCUUAUAAUGAAGUGUGGCCUCAAGUGUACAUUGGUGACGAGGCGACUGCAAAAGACAAAUUCAAUCUGAAAAAACUCGGCAUCACGCAUGUGCUGAACGCAGCAGAGGGCACGUGGAACAACGUGGACACUGGCGCCAGUUACUACGGCGACAUGGGUGUGGUUUACCAUGGUGUGGUGGCGGCAGACACGCCCUCUUUUGACCUGAGCCAGUACUUUAUUACCGCAUCCCACUUUAUCGGAACAGCACUAGCUGACCCGAACAACAAAUUGCUGGUGCAUUGUGUGAUGGGCAGGAGUCGUUCGGCCACGCUGUUCCUGGCUUAUCUGAUGAUCAGCGAGGGAAUGACGCUGGCUGAUGCGGCGGACCACGUGAAGACGCGCCGAAGGAUAUUACCCAAUUGGGGCUUCCUCAAGCAGCUGAGGGAGUUGGACACAAAGCUCCAAAACCAACGACAGGGUGCCAAAUGUAUCGGCUCAGAGUCCAGAUAA